GGCUAUCGAGACCUGCGAUCCUAGACGUGGGUAGCGCUUUCAUUUCGCCGCCUUAUAACGGAGUGGUGGACUUAUACACAGGUGUGUGAGGCCAAUACAUACAGGUAGAUCUACCUACAGACUUGAAACAUAUACAGUACUUAGAAUCAUCUUAUAUCGUACAGUAUAUCAAUAUAUACCGUCCGUGUGACAGAUGCCGGUUAGAUAUACCCUGUGUGUCUCGCUAUAGAAGGAAGUGUACCCGGGAUAUUAUAGCCCUGAGGAAUUCUGUUGCUGAGGCUGGAGUCAGUAAGACAGCUGGAAUAUACCAGGUUACACGUUCUGGUUGAGAUGAACUUCUGACGGAAACUUCUUCCCUCUAAGAAUUCCUACUGUCAUGGCGGCCGCAUCUGACAACAUUGAUAUCUCGCGGGAGAUCUCGUUGUGUAGUUUGUGUAACGAGACUUUCAAAUCCCCAAAAGUGCUGACGUGUUUGCACAGUUUUUGUACGACUUGUCUUGAAGAUCACAUAGGUAAAUCCCUAGUACAGAAUGGACAGCGGUAUUUUCCCUGUCCGACAUGUGAAGGUGAAGUCGACAUGCCGUCGGACGCUUUACCAGGGAAUUAUGCAAAUGCAUUUAAUGAAGACCGCUUUAUGGAGAAACUCGUAGAACUUAUAAACGCAAUGAAAGAAGGAAAACUGUGUGAUAACUGUGAGAGGAGGGAGGAAAAUGUAACAGCCGGAAAUUGGUGUAUGGACUGCCAUGAUGCUUUGUGUGACUCGUGCUUGAAGGUUCACACACACGGAAAGUUCACUUCCGGUCACGUGGUUAUUGCGGUUGAAGACAUGCGCAAAAUGCCUUUAGAGACAAUAAUGAAAAAGAACAAUAAGAUUCCAUGUAUGAAACAUAACGAAAUAAUCACGUUAUACUGUGUGGACUGCCGGGAUCCGCUCUGUGUCCAGUGUAUGGCUGUGUCACAUCGACGCUGUGAAAACGUUGUCACGGUAACGGACGCCAUGUCGUCAAGCACAGAUGUGCAAGACGUUAUCGGAAAACUUCAGAACAUGCAGGCAUCGCUGGAGAACGCAAACGGCCUCGGGGACAUGGAAGGUGUGUUGGAGGAGAGCAUUGAGGCUUCACGGAGCAAGAUUAUGGCGAUUUGUAACGAACUUUGUGAAAAGGUUAGAAAGGAACAGGUGAAUUUGUUGAAGGUCCUUGAUAAUAAAGCGGAACAGGCUAGAGGCGCUCUUCGCCAAAAAAUCGAACCCAAGAAAAUGGGCGCUAAAGCCAUCCGUUCUGCAAAUGAAAGGAUGAAGAUGCUGACCCGUUACGGAAGUGACGUAGAAGUGUUGUUAGCCUAUAAUCAAAUCCGGAAACAGUUCGAUUCCAGUCAGGGAGAUUUGGAAAGUCUUGGUUCUAAAGAAGCUGCUGUUAAAUUAGACUUCGAAGUUAACGAAACAAUGGAAAAAUUCGUGAAGGAAUUCGAAAAUGUAGGGGAGGUUACUCUAGACGAGGGUGAUAGCACCGAGGGACUGUCGUCAUGGGGAGUCACGUGCACUACAACUGAGGACAUCAUUGUGACUGACUGCAAAAACAAGAGGAUCCAGAAGUUCAGCAAGUUUGGUGAUCUGGUUGACUACGUACAACUGGAGGACGAACCACGUGACAUAACCACGUGCGGACACAACGACUACGUUGCCAUUACGAUGGUUGGGAAAUUGAUUAUUUACCUAACAACCAAGAAGACAAUGCAACUGAUAAAACGGGCGAAAACCGAGAAACAAUACGACGGCAUUUCCUACUCCGACAGAGAGGCUGUUCUGUUAGUGACGUCAUUGAAGGAACAAUGUGUGGACAAAAUUCAAAUGGACGGCACAAUUCUCCGAACAUUCCAAAACAAACCGGAUGGAUUGCUGAGGUUCGUGGAACCUCGGUACAUUUCGGCAUCUCCCGAUAAAUCUAUUGUCGUUUCGGAUGUGGAGGGGAAUGAGGUGAUGUGCUUUACACACGACGGAAAGCCGCUGUAUAAAUACACGCCAAACGGUUCAAACACUGUCAAAAGACCACAGGGGGUCUGCUUCGAUAAACUUGGAAAUUUGUUCAUAGCGGAUUACGGAAACAAUCGAGUUCAGCUCUUGACCAAUGAGGGCGAGUUCCAGCGUCACGUGCUUGGAGAAGAGACUGGAUUAGAGCGUCCUGUAGCAUUGCGACUCAGCAACAGUAGCAGAAUGAUCAUCGUCCAGGGAGACGGGAUGGUCAAGGUGUUUAGCUACUCCUAACUCGUGUGUCACAGACGAAAUGGUCAAGGUGGUCAUUUACUCCUAACUCGUAAAAAUCUGGUAACAUUCGGUAAUUAUACUCGGUUAUUCACAGAGUGCCUUGAAAAGAAAGGCGUGGAGGAGUGUACAAGUUAUGUCCCUUUACACGGAGCAAUAUACACGAUGUUGAACCUGCCAAUACAGGGGCAGCAACACCAUCAGAAUCGCUCUGUCACGGAGCCCGGGUGCUUACAUGUAGCCCGGAUGCAUAGCUUACAUAUAUAGCCCGGAUGUAUAAAUCGUAUAUAUAGCCCGGAUGUUGGAAAGAACUACAUGUAUUUAAGAAUAUAUAAUCUGCAUAUUGUCAAUGUAGACUUGAUACCAAUUUCCCAUCCAUACAUUUAGAACUAAAUUAUGGUAUUUUCCUUAUUAAAGUGGGAUGCUAGUUGCCAGUCUGUAUCAUACGAUUAUCAUAUCGUCAAAUAACACAUAUACUUGCCAUCAAUAAAGUAACAACUGAUUAAUGUCACAGCUUUGAAUGUCCGUCCGUUUCUUUACUCUGAUGUUACGAUAUUAAGUAAGAGGGAACUUCGCUUGUUAUAUAUGUGAUAUAUGUAUAUAAAAAAGGAACUGUAUCAUUUUCUGUGUACAUUAACAAAAGCCAGUUUCAUUAUAACUAGUUACAUAUCAUCGAAAAGGGAGAUUAAUCAUUGAGAAAUCUAAAACAAGGUCAAAAUGUAUGAUGACGUCAUGACAUUGUAUAAUAUAAUAAUCGGAUUUGAUUUGUAAAACGUACAAAUUUAUCAUAACAGUUGUAGCCAAAAUAUUGGAUUAUCUAAAUGUUUACACCACAUCAUUGUAUUAUUGUUUAGACAUCAUACUUUGUGUUUAUAAAGGGCAUUCUUAGGGUUGGACGCCAGCAGGAUGUCUAUAUCACCGAUCAAUUUAUAUGAUUGAAUAUAUUUCAUGGUAGCGUCCGGCACGGACAGAUUUCCUGGACAAUUGUUAUUAAGAUAUCUCAGACAGACUGAUAAAGUCAGAUGUAAACCCCGCCAGGUGGUUGUGGUGCCCGGAUGUACAUGGAUAUCCCAUCAGCCAGUUGCCAUAUGGUGCCCGGAUUUAAACCCCGUCAGUCGGUCGUUAUGCGAUGCCCGGACGUCAACCCCGCCAGUUGUUUGAUAUGUGGUGCCCGGAUGUAAGCCCCGUCAGCUGGUUGUUACGCGGUGCCCGGAUGUAAGCCCUAUCAGCUGGUUACGUGAUGCCCGGAUGUAAGCCCAGUCAGCUGGUUGUUACGUGGCUCUCGGAUGUAAACCUCGUCAGAUGGUGGUUACGCAGUGCCCGGAUGUAAGCCCCGUCAGCUGGUUGUUAUGGUGAUCAUAGUUUUAUUAAUGUUACUAUAUAUCUGUCUUUGUUUAUGUACACAUUCCGUCCAUUAUUUAAUGUUAUAGAGUAUUAUACUUGUUACUGCACAUGAUAUUUUAGCUUUUAUAAACACAAACCGUCCAGUGUCGCCGACCACAGGUUUCGUCACAGUUUAUUGUGUGUUUACCUGAAUUUAGUAUACACACAUUUAUAGAGUGUGACAGGUCCCUGUGGCCAGUUGACACAAACAUGUCAAGUUGUUGAUUCACGAUGGAUUUCGUUGAUAUUCUUAGGACAAGGCAUAUUUAUUUCAGAAUCGACUAGAUAUCUUAUUUUAUAGAGGAUGUAUGUAUUUGUUUAUCUGCAAAGUUGUAUUUAUUUAUUUGUUUUUUGUCUUGCUCUUUCUUUUUGUCUGUCUAUCAAUAAUACAAAAACUCUAAUAUUUCACUGCCACUGUGGCUGUGUAAAGAAGUCAGUCGUAAAUGUAUACUACCUACCCAACAGUCAGUCUUACAUGUAUACUACCUACCCAACAGUCAGUCUUACAUGUAUACUACCUACCCAACAGUCAGUCUUACAUGUAUACUACCUACCCAACAGUCAGUCUUACAUGUAUACUACCUACCCAACAGUCAGUCUUACAUGUAUACUACCUACCCAACAGUCGGUCGUAAAUAUAUACUACCUACCCAACAGUCGGUCGUAAAUGUAUACUACCUACCCAACAGUCGGUCGUAAAUAUAUACUACAUUGUGUACCUACCCAACAGUCAGUCUUACAUGUAUACUACCUACCCAACAGUCAGACGUAAAUGUAUACUACCUACCCAACAGAGAAAAUAUCCAUAGCCUUAACUAUUUGUCUACCUUCUAUUUCAUCCGCCGCGAUAAACUUUUUUAACUUUCGAAAUUAUUGGAAUCAUUAAGACUUUUGAUAAGUUUGAUAUGGAUCACGAACGACAACUCUGGGUUUAUAAUCAGAGUAACGUAGUGAUGAUUGGCUAGGUUGUAAUAUCGUGAUCUAAUUAUAAAAAUAACAAGUACUACAUCUCGCGUGGGUAUGAGUUUUUAACAUAAAUCGAAGUAAAUAUUUACAUUUCUCUGAUAUUUUAAAUUAAUAAGGGUCGUCAUAACCUUCCCCGAGUAACCAUGUUGCACCCCAUUAUAGGAGUAUAUUGGAGUUAAAACAACUCAGCUUACUAAACUUAUAAUUACUUAUGUAGUUUUCGUUUUUUCCCACUUUUUACGGAAAUAGAAUAAUAACAAAUAAUAAAAUCAUCUUUUUACCAAAGGAUAUGUAUGUGUGCCUUACCGUUAGAUAAUCUGUAAUCAUACAUAUGAGCGUCAUAUACGGACGACUACUCGGUACUAAGAGUUAAACAAUAAGACAAUAAUCUUAUCGUCCCUCUAAUUCGAGCAUACAUGUACUUUUGUGACCAUUGUAUUUUUCUUUUUUCUUUUCCUUUUUUUUUUUUUAUUAUUAUUUAAACAUAUUUUAUUGUAUCAUAAAUAUACCAUGGGAUCGGGUACAAGCUUUCCAACCUAUAUAAAGCCCUUUCCCAAAAAAAGUAUACAAGAAAAUAUUUACACAAGAUGUUGACAAUUUCAUUUCCAUAAAUACAUUAUGUCGACCAUAUCAAACCUUUCAUGUGUUGUACAUACUUAUUGUAUGUCGUAUAUUGAACAAGAUUCUCCUCAAAUUCAUUUUUAUUUUAUUCAUGGCAUAAAAAACGAAACCAUUUUAGAGUAGUUUCUUACUUCUGCGAGAAAAUGAUUAUUUCUUUGCUGAUUUCGUACAAUGAGAACAGUCAAGGUUCUUUUGAGGAUCACUUUGUAGUAGCUGGUGACUACAUCACCAAACAACACGCGAACAAAUUAAUCUUUAUAGAAACAAACCUGUAUACAUCAUUUCAAUGUUGUAUCAGCGGAAUUAUAUCUCGAUAUUAUUUUAUUAAGUCUUUCCGGAAAUUUAUAAACAACAUGAUGAAUGAUGUCAACACAACACAAACUAAAGUAUUCCUUUGGAAAAUUAAUUAAUAAGAAUUAAUUAAUUAAUUGACAGGUACUGGAAGCAUGGGGAUGAUUUGGCAUCACGUCGACCAAUCAUUAAAGUUAUUUUUUUUACCAGUUUUACAUUAUGAAUUGUGCUUUUAAAGUGAGAAAGAAAAUCUGGGUUUAAUCACUUCAAGGGAGAUAACAUAGCUGUUCUUACUGUUGUCUGAUUUGAUUCUGAAAUCUAGAGCGAGCGACUGUUUGUGAACAUGUUUAAGUGAAACUUUAAUGAUUUUUUUACCUCGGUAUCAUUUCACAUAAUACAAUACCAACAAUAUAUCAGUAUUUAGAAAAAAAAUAAUGUGAAUCUGUCUCCAAAUUUAAAUGUUUCCCCAUCAUGAUGUACCUACCGUCUAUAUCAACAAUACGGUGUGCUUACCCCUGUAUACCCGCGUGCUACACAAUAAACAGAAUAACAAUCUC